UGCUUCCCGCGCGGGAAACUCGGGCCUGUCUGCGUCUGCGCCUGCGCCUGCGCCAUGGAGCCGGACGGGCAGCGGGAGCAGGACCCGGAGCGUCUCCACACGCAGAGGCUAAAGGCUGCAGUUCACUACAAUGUGGGUUGUCUCUGCCAGGAAGUUGCAGAAGAUCAAGACAUUCAGUUUAGCAAGCAAACCAUUGCAGCUAUUUCGGAGAUUACCUUCAGGCAAUGUGAAAUUUUUGCAAAAGACCUUGAAAUGUUUGCAAGGCAUGCAAAACGAAGCACAAUUAAUUUAGAUGAUGUCAAGCUGUUGGCCAGAAGGAGCAGUUCUUUGGAAAAGUAUAUAAGCCAGAAGGCAGAAGAGCUGGUAUUGAAUAAUCUGGAACAAAAGGAGAGGAAGAAAAAGAAGUCUGGUACAACAAAGGGAAAGAGAACCUCAGAGGAGCAGGUGGAGCCCAUCGGGGCUGAGAGUGAGGAUUCCAACAUGGCAUGAUCUUUCAAAUCACUUCUGCCAGCUUUCUGCUUUGCAACUUGGUCCCUUACUGUACCCUAAGGGAACAAAGACAGCCUCUCUGCAUGGAAAACUCCAUUGGGAGUUGCCCUUGCGAAGCAGUUACAGCAAUGGGACCUUUCAUCUUUUAGGUGAACCUGGUAAUUGUUUAAGUUCCAUUUUCAAAAACAGGCUUCAAUGCCAAGAGUUGUUUAGCCAUCACCAAAAUAUGGUUUGCAAAGGGAAGCAAACAAGGACUAUUUUAAUAGUUUUCCAAAAGAGAAUCGGUCAUGAGGGCUAGAAACGCCAACGCUAGGUAUCCUCUGCCUAGCCAGCAAACAGAAUUAAGAGUGUGAGAGAUGCUCUUCUAGGCAACUCUCCAUGCCGUUGUUUGACUUUUCCAAAUUACUAGUAAGAUUUGUUCAUUUCCUGUUUGUUUGUUUUUGUUGCUGCUGUGCUUAAGUGUAUUGAAAGUAUUUUUCAGCCAUCAUUCAUACUUGUUCUGGGCUAUUAAAGUAGACUUUCCUGCA